AUGGCACGUUUUUGCAUGUCCAUUGUUAUAGUGCUGGUGCAUCUGCAACUACCAGAAGUGUGCUUGCGAUAUAUUUUACGCGUUCUGUUGACCGCGGCUCUCAGGCAUGGGAUGACCUGCUCAGCUCUCCGGAGUCAACCUUCGGGAUCGUCUUCUGCUCUGGCGAAGGUCAGCUUAGCACGUAUUGUGCCUGGAGAAUAUUGUUUCACCUACUGUGAAAAUGUAAUCAAGGCUGCAGUUUCAGAGGCACUGGCUGCUCUCCCACCUUCAAACAAGUAUCUGAAGAAGACCAUGGCAGUGUUAUUGGACAACAUAUUACAGCGCAUUGGUAAACUGGAGUCAAAGGUGGACAAUCUUGUGAUUAAUGGCACAGGUUCUAAUUCUACUAAUGGCACCACUACUGCAAUUCCUAGCAUAGGAACUGUGGAUAAAGUAAAUGUUGCUGAUCUUCUUAAUGGGGCCCAGGAGCAGUGUGAAUUGCCACCCAUGGAUGGCUACCCUCACUGCGAAGGGAAAGUCAAGUGGAUGAAGGACAUGUGGAAGUCUGAUGUGUGCUACUCCAGUUAUGGUGUUGAUGGAUCUACAUGUUCCUUUUUUAUUUACCUCAGUGAGGUUGAAAACUGGUGUCCUAGACUACCCUGGAGAUCUGUUAAUCCCCAUGAAGAAACGGAUAAAAGGACAAUGGCUGAAAUACGUACGGAUUUUGAUCAGCUCUACAAAGUAAUGUCAAAGCAUGAAGAAUUUCGGUGGAUGACUCUGAGAAUAAAGAGAAUGGAUGACACAUGGAUUGACGCAAUCAAAUCACUUGCAGACAUACAAGAUCUUGAAAAGAGAAAACGAAAAAAGAUCCUUGUUCAUCUGGGUCUAUUGACAAAGGAGUCUGGAUUCAAGAUUGCCGAAAAUGCAUUUAGCGGAGGGCCGCUUGGAGAAUUAGUCCAGUGGAGUGACUUAAUUACAUCUCUUUACUUACUGGGCCAUGAUGUGAGGAUUUCAGCUUCAAUAGCUGAGCUGAAAGAGAUAAUGAAAAAGGUUGUAGGAAACCGCUCUGGCUGUCCUUCACAAGGGGAUAAAGUGGUGGAACUUAUCUACAUUGAUAUUGUGGGUCUUUCACAGUUUAAGAAAACUCUUGGCCCAUCUUGGGUUCAUUACCAGUGUAUGUUGCGAGUCCUCGACUCCUUUGGAACUGAACCAGAAUUCAAUCAUGCUCAUUAUGCCCAGUCAAAAGGGCAUAAGACUCCAUGGGGCAAAUGGAACCUCAACCCCCAACAGUUUUACACAAUGUUCCCUCACACCCCAGACAACAGCUUCCUUGGUUUUGUAGUGGAACAGCAUCUCAAUGCCAGUGACAUCAGACACAUGAGUGACAUCAAAAGGCAGAACCAGUCUCUGGUGUACGGCAAAGUUGACAACUUUUGGAAAGACAGCAAGUCGUAUUUGGAUAUUAUCCACACUUACAUGGAAGUUCAUGGCACAGUGCAUGGAAAAAGUACUGUUCACAUCCCUAGUUAUGUUAAGAACCAUGGCAUUCUGAGUGGUCGAGACCUACAGUUUCUCCUCCGAGAAACUAAACUGUUUGUUGGCCUGAGUUUUCCCUAUGAAGGGCCAGCUCCUCUGGAAGCCAUUGCAAAUGGUUGUGCUUUUCUGAACCCCAAAUUCAAUCCAGCAAAAAGCAGCAGAAAUACAGACUUCUUUAAAGGCAAACCAACUUUACGAGAGCUUACGUCUCAACAUCCUUAUGCUGAAGUCUAUAUUGGUAAGCCAUAUGUUUGGACUGUAGAUAUAAAUAAUCAUGAAGAGGUUGAGAAGGCUGUGAAAGCAAUUUUAAAUAAAAAGAAUGAGCCCUAUUUGCCCUAUGAGUUCACCUGUGAAGGAAUGCUACAGAGAGUCAAUGUAUUCAUUGAGAAACAGGACUUUUGUCACGGACAAGUAAUGUGGCCGCCAUUAGCCUCAUUACAGGUGAAAUUUGCAGAACCUGGAAAGUCAUGUAAACAAGUCUGUCAAGAGAGUCGGCUCAUUUGUGAACCCUCCUACUUCCAGCACCUCAACAAAGACAAAGACCUGGCAAAGUACGGCAUCCAGUGCCAGUCAACUGAAACAGCAAAUGAUAUUGUGGUCCCAUCAAUUGAUGAAAAGAAUAAACACUGUGUUCUUCAAGGCGAUCUUCUCCUCUUCAGCUGUGCCGGAGCUCAUCCUAACCAUCACCGGAUCUGCCCCUGCAGAGACUAUAUCAAAGGGCAAGUCGCCAUCUGUAAGGAUUGUCUAUAGCAUCUGCACAAGUAAUGUUUGUAAAAGAAAAAAAAAGUAGAUGAGUGAGACACUCAUAGGAUACUUAUACUUUAAAAAAAAAAAAAUCCUUCAUUGAAAGUGAUGUGAAAGUGGAUUUUUUUUUGGACUGCAUUUGGUAGCAUUUUCAACAUGCACACAAGGAUGUCCUAGAAUUUGCAAACUGCUUUUUUGAGUUUGUGUCGCACCAGUGUCCUUUUUAGACUAUAACAGUCGGAGAAGAAAAUUUAGCAUAAAGCUAUCCUUGAAGGGAGCAGAAACCUGGUUUUAUAGCAUGCCAUUUAAAAAUGAUCCCAUAUAAAACGUGAUGAGUGAAGUGGCUAUAUGGGCCACACCCAUGAAACGGGGAAUAUGCUGUGGCUGAUGGAUAAGUACAUCGAUUGCAUGAUGUAAUUUCAUGGUAUCAAAAAUGUGCCCUCCACAUUUGAAUAUUUUUAUUGGCCGAUGAGUACACACUGUCUUCAGAGAGAAUACACUGCCGGUUUACAUCACCAUUGUUUUGCAUAACUUAGAAGUUGUCAGAGACACUGCCACCUAAUAGUGGGCUGGUCAGAAGGCGCUGUUUUAUCGCU